AUGAAAGUAAUUGUAGCUCUUCUCAAUGCUUUUACAAAUACACAAUACUUACUGAAUCUUAUUAAUGAUAGGAAAGUUGAUGAAGGGAAGGCAAGAAAUACAUCAGAAGAAAAGCAGACAUUCGCAGAAAGGGAAACUGAAAUGCUUUUGAGCAAAUUAGACAUUGCUCCAACUUCAAAAGAACAUGGGUCUAAGCCAAAAGAUGUCUCUACAAAAGUAACUGUAGAAAGUGAUCCUGACAAAAAUCAGCCAAAUCUAAAGUAUAAUCCAAGCUUGGAGGCAAUGCAAGGAGAACUUGGCACGACUCGCAGAACAGGAGAGUUGUAUAGUAAUGAAUAUGGUCCUGAUUUAUCUGGGAAAAGUUUCCCCAGAAAGGACAUGCUUAUGGAUCCAGGGGUAAAUGUUGGGGAUAAAGGGCUAACAAGUGACAAAGAAGUCCUUGAUCCAACUUACAAAAGUUUCCAACAAAUUCCUCCUAUCGAAUCUCAGAUUUAUCAAGUACAACAUGGUGAAGUAAAGAAAAAUCAUCGUUAUGAUGAAGUUGGCUCUGAUUCUGAUGGAGAGAGUUCAUCAGAAAGGCAAUCAGAACAAUUUGUGUCUGAUCAGCCAAGUCAGUUACCAACAGGAAUAAAAAAUGAUUCGGGUGGAAGUGAUUUUAAAGACAAGAAAAAAGAUGAAAAAGAUGAUGAUGGUGCUUAUGGGGGAAUACAGGCUGAUGUGAGUGGCAAUUAUUUAGUGUCAGAUUCAAAAAACAACCAAAAAGAUGAAGAAAAUGAUAAUGCACUUGGGAAUCAGAACGAUAUAGGAGGCAUGCGCAUGGAUGAGACGGAUGCAGGUCGUAGACAUUCUUUGGAAAGAGAAAUUGCUCAGAAUUUACGUCAACAGCAAGCCACUUUUACACCAGCACGUCCAACUGGAGGGGCAACAUCUUCUCCAUUAGUUGUAGCAAAUGCUGGAAAAGAAGACCCUGAUAAAAUGCUAAAUUCCUCUUUAGAUAUCAUUAAAAAGGAAGUUAAUAAAAUAGAGACUCAAAUCAAACAGAAGAAAGGUAAUGAUGAUACAGACGCGACUCCACUUCCGGAUCCAAAUGUGGUAGUAGAAUUAAAUUCAAGACCAUUAGCUUCUCGGAAACAUGAUACUACAGUCAGAAUCAUUGAAGAAAGAAAUGAAAGAGUGAAAAAGAUUUUUGAUUGUGAUGAUGAACCAAAAGGAAGGCUCAAGAAUUUAAAUGAACAAAAUGUGAAAGAUUUACUUGAACUAUCUGAUAAGAAGCCUGGUCUCAAAGGAGGAUUUGGAGAAAUUUAUGUAUCAAGAGAAAAGGUUCCAGGGAUUGAUAUGCAACUGGUUUUGAAAAAAGUGGCGAUAGAGAGUGAUGGACCAGAUAGGAACGAUAAAGAUUUAAAAGUGCAAAAACUGAGAUCCCUCACAAGCGUAUGUUUCAUAAAUUAUGUUUUUACUAGAGAAAAACUGUGUGCCAGAGCAAUGCAUUAUGGGAUUGUUCCUCUGUUUGGGAUACAGGAGAAUUCAAAUAACUUUUAUUUUCUUUCCCCGUUUAUGGUAAAUGGAAAUCUAAAUCAUGCCAUUGAAGAGGACAACAAGUGGAUUGCCAGUGGUAAACCACCAAAGCUAGAUGCAUUCCAAAGAUUAAGGAAUAUGUUCCAGAUAGCUUCAGCUAUAGACUUUCUACACACAGCGAUUCCUGAGAUCAGAGGAAUGAUAUUUCACAGAGAUGUUAAAUCCUUAAAUAUUGUGCUAGAUGAAUUUCUGAACGCAAGAAUAAUUGAUUUUGGCCUUGCACGUGAAAUGAAAUUUGGCGUUGACAAUACAAAAACUACACGUUAUUAUGCCACCCUGGCUAUGGAAAAUUAA